CUCAACGAUCUUUAAAUAAGGCAGGCAUCCUCCUUUAAUUUUUGUCUCCAAACCAAAAGAGAACAAGAAGAAAAAGAGCCAUAAAAAUACUUUCCAACUUCAGGAUGUAUCCAAAACCAAUCCUCAGUUUGAGCACUUGCCAAAUAAGACACUACUGCGACGAGGACAUCGACUCCCUCAGCCGUGCAGCAAACAACCCACAAAUAGCGAAGUGGAUGCGAAACACUUUCCCUUCGCCUUACACCACCGAAGACGCCAGGAAAUGGAUAUCAGAACUCGCAUCGCCUUACGACUUUGUCAUUUGCACACCUGAUGGUUCGACCUUGAUGGGUGGUGUUGGUUUGAAGAAGCGAAGCGAUAUCCACCAUCGCACUAUGGAGAUCGGAUAUUGGGUUGGAGAGGAACACUGGGGAAAGGGCAUAGCAUCUGAAGUUGUCAAAGCCUUUGCGGAGUGGGCCUUUGCGGAGUACGAUAGUCUGCUACGGCUCGAGGGCGAGGUGUUUGAAGGCAAUGCAGGCAGCUGCAGGGUCUUGGAGAAGGCAGGUUUUAAGCUCGAGGGGAAACAUGAGAUGGCAGUUGAGAAGGACGGAGUCGUGAGAGCUACUUUAACAUAUGGCAGAAUAAAGGGCUAGAAUGGCUGCUAUGUGGCCGUAUAAUCAUCACUAAAAAGAAAGCAAUCACGCCAUCUGGUCGAU